AUGGCCAACUUGAAAAUCAACGCUAAACCCAACAAAGAACGAGACACAAUCCUCCCGCCAACCCCGCCACCCACCGACGCCUCGUCCACCUUCGACUCAUCCUCCUCUGAGCACGACGACGCUUUCCCCCUCCCCCCGCCCUCCUCGCUCCCCACCCAGGUCUUGGACAUCGACAAGGCCACGCCGGACGCACAUGUGCCACGCGACCCGCGCAUGGUCCGGCUCACAGGCGUACACCCGUUCAACGCCGAAGCGCCCCUCGACCUGCUCUUCCGCGGCGGCGAGGGAUUUCUUACCCCGCCGGAGCUGUUCUUUGUCAGGAGCCACGGGGCUGUGCCGGUCAUAAGCAAUGACGAGGCGAGAAGGUGGACGUUCAGCGUCGAAGGGUACGUCUCCAACCCGCUUACCAUCUCGCUCUCUGAGCUCUUGGAGCAGUAUGAGCAGGUGACGAUCCCUGCGACGCUCGUGUGCGCUGGCAACAGGCGCAAAGAGCAGAACAUGGUCCGAAAAUCGAACGGGUUCUCCUGGGGCCCAGGCGGGCUCUCGACCGCGCUGUUCACAGGCGUCCUCGUCGCCUCAGUCCUCGCCAAGGCGGGAAUAAAGAAACGCGCGCGGUAUCUGUGCAUGGAGGGCGGCGACGUCCUGCCAAACGGAAACCCCGGCUACGGCACAUGCAUCCCGCUCGCGCUCGCGCUCUCCCCCUCCUCCGGCGUACUGCUCUCCUACGCGAUGAACGGCGCCCCGCUCACGCCCGACCACGGCCGCCCGCUGCGCGUCGUCGUGCCGGGCGUCAUCGGCGGGCGCUCCGUCAAGUGGCUGACGCGGCUGAUCGUCACCGCGCGCCCGAGCGAGAACUGGUAUCAUCUGCACGACAACAAGGUGUUGCCUGCGCACCUCGGUCCGGCGGACGUGGGCCCCGAGAAGGGCGAGGAGGGCGAGAGGUGGUGGAGGGACGAGUGGUAUGCGAUUGGGGAGCUGAGUGUGAAUUCGGCGGUGGCGUGUCCGGGGCAUGGGGAGCGUGUUUCGCUUGGAGGGGGUGGGGACGGGAGCGGGGAGAGGGGGUAUGUGCUCAGGGGGUAUGCGUACGCUGGCGGCGGGAGACGCGUCACGCGCGUGGAGGUGUCGCUUGACCGGGGGAGGAGCUGGGUGCUCGCGGAGGUGGAGUACCCCGAGGACGCGUAUCGCCCCGACGACUCGGACUCUGACUCGGACGACGCAGAAGACCUCCCACACACUUACAACAACACCCCCAUCCUCGUACCCGCCUCCUACUGCUGGGCAUUCUGGCACCUCCCCGUCCCUCUCGCGCGCCUGGCCUCCGCAAAAGACAUUGUCGUGCGCGCGGGCGACGAGAGCCUCGCGCUGCAGCCGCGGGAGAUGUACUGGAGCGUGCUGGGGAUGAUGAACAACCCGUGGUUCCGCGUCGUUGUCCACCACGCGCCCGGGAAAGACGGAGGGCCCGGGGAGCUGUGGUUCGAGCACCCGACGCAGCCGGGUAUGAUACCCGGCGGAUGGAUGGAGCGCGUUAAGAGGGCCGGUGGCGAUCUUACGGACGCGAGCUGGGGUGAGAGCGGUGAUGGGUCGACGCGUGGUCAGUCCGAUGAGAAGGAACCUGCGGUGCUCGGUGCCGGAGUUCAGAAGGGGGAAGAAAUUGGACUGACGAACGCCUCGGUAAACCGAGCUAUCACUCUCGCCGAGGUACGCGAACACAGCACCCAGGCAAGUGGGGAUGCGUGGUUCGUCAUCGACGGGGAGGUGUACGAUCCGGCAGGGUACCUUGACGAGCACCCUGGCGGGGCCGCGAGUGUGCGUGCGGUGAAGGGGACGGAUACAACGGAGGAGUUCCUCGCUAUACAUUCGGAGGGAGCCAGGGGGAUGAUGAAGACGUACCACAUCGGAGCCCUCGACGCCGCAGGCAGAGCCGCCCUUGCCAUCAACGCGACUCACGAUGCACACUCCGAGCCCGAACCAACGAUAAAAACCAACGCGCCCUUCCUCAGCCCAAGCACCUGGCGCCUCCUCACACUCACAUCCAAAUCACCUUUAUCGCACGACACCCACCUGCUCACAUUCUCUCUCCCCUCCGCCAUGCAGCCGCUCGGCCUUCCAGUAGGGCAGCACGUACUCCUCCGCCUGCGCUUGCCGAGCGGAAAGACGCUCAUAAAGGAAUAUACCCCCAUCUCGACGCCCUCACUUACAGGCUCCCUCGAGAUGCUCGUCAAAGUCUACCCCGCGCACCCCGAGGACGGAUACACCGGCGGCCCGAUGUCGACCGCGCUCGACGCGCUCCCGCUCGGCGCGCACGUGCAGGUCAAGGGCCCUUUUGGGCGGUUCGAGUACCGCGGCCGGGGGCGGGUGUCGAUUGACCACAGGGUGGAGAGGGAGGUAAGGACGAUGGUGAUGCUCGGUGCUGGGAGCGGGGUCGCGCCGAUUGUGCAGGUGCUCAGGGCGGUGAUGGAGGAUGAGGAGGACGAGACGCGGUGUGUGGUGUUUUGUGCGAAUAGGGGGCAGCGGGAUGUGCUGUUGAAGGAUGAGCUGGCGUUAUUUGCGGAGGAUGGGAGGGGGCGAUGUAGCGUGCAGCACAUCCUGAGCCGUGAGGAUGGGCGAAGCGGAUGGGCUGGAUUGAGGGGGAGAAUGGGGAGGGAAUUUGUGAGCGAGCAUCUGGGGAGAUGGAAAGGCAAGGAUGCGAUUGUGCUUGUGUGCGGACCAGAGGAGAUGGAGAACGCGCUCGGGAGGGUGCUUAGAGAGGAAGGGUGGGGCGAAGAGCAGGUCGUAUUUUUCUAA